AUGUCUCGACUCGGGAACCGCGCCGAUUGGGCCGACGACGAGGAAUUCGAUGACCCCUCCGCUCUCCCCGCGCAACAAGUGAUCACGAACAAAGACGGCACCAAGACCGUCAUCUCCUACCGCUUCAAUGACGAGAACAAGAAAGUGAAGGUCACCCGCCGCAUCAAGACCACUGUGGUCCGCGAACAUGUCAACCCCCAGGUCGCCGAGCGCCGCUCGUGGGCCAAGUUCGGCCUCGAGAAGGGCCACCCAGCUGGCCCGUCUUUCGAUACCACCUCCGUCGGCGAGAACAUUGUCUUCCGCCCCAGCACAAACUGGAAGGUGCAGGCCAAGGAGGCCGAGAAGGAGGGCCCCGAGAAGGGCAGCAUGAAGGACCAGCUCAGAGACAAAAAGGUCAAGUGUCGUAUUUGCAGCGGCGAGCACUUUACGGCUCGCUGUCCCUUCAAGGACACCAUGGCCCCUGUCGAGGAGCCUUCUGCCGGCGGCGAUAUGGGCAUGGAAGAUGAUAAGGCUGCCGGUGGUCUGGGCGCUGGUUCCUCCAGCUACGUUCCUCCGCACCUGCGCAAGGGCGGUGCUGCUGGCGGCGAGAAGAUGGGUGGUCGUUUCGAGAAGGACGACCUGGCUACCCUCAGAGUUACAAACGUCAGCGAGUUGGCAGAGGAACAAGAGUUGCGGGAUCUCUUCGAGCGGUUCGGUCGUGUCACCAGAGUUUUCCUUGCCCGGGACCGCGAAACCCAGCGGGCCAAGGGCUUUGCUUUCAUCAGCUAUGCGGAUCGGAGCGACGCGUCUCGCGCCUGCGAGAAGAUGGACGGCUUCGGUUACCGCCACCUCAUUCUUCGCGUCGAAUUCGCCAAGCGCUCUACCUAG